AUGCCCUCCAAAAAUGAUGUUAAGGAAGACAAUUACACUCCAGAGGAACGACUGACGGCGGCAGCUCUCGAAUACAAAAAGUUGGAGGCACAAAAUCAAUCUAGCAUUGAACGCAUGUACGGUGCCCUGUCCUCACCCUUCAAGGUUUCCAGCAAGCCAUGUGAGGUCUCGCGUGCGGCGGUGUUGCGGUGUUUUGAGGAAAUCCUGGGCAAAAAAGGCGAUGGUAACGACGAGGGCAGUGUUAAUCCUACCGAAGCCACAGCCUACAGUAGCAGCAACGGCAACGGCAACGGCAACGCCAAGGACAACGGUGCUGGUGGAGUUGCCUCCUUCCCGCCCACCUCGCGGUUUCCCCCGGUGCACCGCUGCUACGAUGUAGUGCUGCAGUACGAGUCGUGUGUGUUAGAUAAGGCGCUUGCGCAGCACCACAGCCUUCUUGUAGACUUCGAGGCUCGGCAACAAGGGGAGAUGCAAUUGGCCAAGGAGGCAGAAGCCAGUGCCUUGCGUGGUGCAUGA